AUGGGAUUACCAGAAGCAGAAGAGCCACGUCGCCAAGACUUGGAGAAUGGGAAUGAUGAGCACGAAUCUUUACAACAAGUCCCUCGUGCGGACUGCGGACGACAAGCUUGGUGUUUCCUGUUCGCCAUCUCUCUCUUUGAGGCGGUUAUCUGGGGACUGCCAUAUGCGUUCGGCGUCUUUCAAGACUAUUAUCUGACUAAUCCACCCGUCUCCAACAAUCCCAAAGGAGUCUCGGCUAUUGGCACAACGACACUUGGUCUUAUGUACUUCCUAGCUCCGUUCCUGGCACUCGCAAUGCAGCGCUAUCCUUACGCCAGGACGCCUUGUAUGAUCGCUGGGCUGGUUAUCACUGCUGCCGCGUUGAUUGGUGCUUCCUUUUGCAACGAUGUGCCGGGUUUGAUCUCCACUCAAGGCGUGCUUUACGCGAUUGGCAGCGUCCUUGCAUACUUUCCUGGAAUGCAGAUCAUCGAUGAAUGGUUCGUUAAACGACGAGCAUUCGCCUUUGCUGUAGUCUGGGCUGCAGCGCCGUUGGCUGGAUGCGUACUUCCUUUUCUCAUGCAAUGGCUGCUUGACUCGUAUGGAUUCCGAGUCGCCCUUCGAGUGUAUGCCGUGGUCGUGGUCGUCCUUCUUGGCCCAGCAACGGUGUGGAUCAAACCACGAAUCCCAAUAACACAGUCCUGGAAGACCUUGUCACGAGAGGACUUUGCAUUCAUGGCUCGUCGGCCGUUCUGGUGGUACUUUAUUGGCACGGUCGUGCAGUCUCUUGGGUUUUUCUUGCCAAGUCUGUGGAUGCCGACCUUUGCCAAGUACUACAACUUUCCAGGCUUCGCUGGUCCUCUUGGUGUCGCACUAUACUACAGCUCCUCUUUCAUUGGAACUGUUGUACAAGGCUGGGUCGUGGACCAACACGGCGUGAUUAUCAGCUUGGCAAUCACCACUGUCGUGAGCACGAUAUCCGUCUUUGUCUUCUGGGGCUUUUCGACCAUCCAACCGAUCUUCUACAUUUUUGCAGUCACCUUCGGUGCGUCUGGCGGGGCGUACAAUGCGACUUGGGCAGGUUUCGCCAUUGACUUGAAGAAAGAGGGCUUCAAAGUCGAUACCAUGUUCCUAAUUACGUUGAUGGUGUUCGCGAAGGGAGUGGCAUCUCUUGCGAGUGGGCCGCUGAGCGGGGGUCUGCACGGCCACGGACUAGGAACCGAUGCAGGGUUCGCCUAUGGAGGUCCAUACGGUGUCAUGAUUGUGUACACUGGGAUAUGCAGUUUGCUGGGAGGCAUUGCAUGUGUGAGAAAACUUUACCUGUGGCUCCAGAAGCGGAAGUGUGCAAACAGCAGCUGA